AUGCCACGUCCAAUUCGGGUGCUGUGUCUCCAUGGGUGGCGAACCAGCGGCAGCAUCUUACAGCGCCAGACAACUGCUCUACGUGAAGCGUUUGGCCCAAAGGCCGAAUUGGUGUAUGUAGACGCUCCCUGGCCCGCAUCGGGUCCCGCACAGGAGCUGGUGCGCUCGUUCUACGGCAAGAACGGCCCAUUCUACCAGUGGUGGGACGCGCUCAAGCGCGAGGACGGCGAUACCUAUCGCUACGAGGGCUUCGAACAUUCUCUAGACUUCCUGGUGGGUCAAGUUCAGGCUCUCGGCUCUGUGGAUGCUAUAUUGGGGUUUUCGCAGGGGGCAGCUGUUGCCACCUUGUUGACAGCGCACUACCUUUCGUUCUACGGUCAUGUGCCCUGGAAAGCUUGUGUUCUGGUAGGGGGGUUCUACCCUCGCAGCCCAGAGACGCUGGAGCUGCUGGAUGCAGCCAAAAGCUCAGUCGACGGGGCCAUCAACGUCCCGUCGGUCCAUGUCAUGGGCAAGGCGGAUCCCCGAGUUCCCUUGAUGGAGAAGCUGUUUAGAAGCUAUACGAGCUCCAGACGAAUCAGGUUCGACCACGACGAAGGCCAUAAAUUCCCGUCCCCACUCAAGUACAAACAAAUGUACCACGACAUCGCCCAGGAGGUACUAAUUAUGACGGGCCAGGCCUGGGCGUGA